AUGACAUCCUCGUUGCUCUGGUUCCGCAAGGGCACCGCCCCUGGAACUAUUAUCACCCUUGAUAAACCCCUCUCUUCCCGGUGGAAAAUUCUUGAGAAGCUGAAUGAGUGUGACGAUCAGGGCACUGUGGAGCAAAAUAACGCAUAUGGCUUCCGUUCUUUCGCCUCGGCUAAAUUCCUAUGUUGUGAUCCUCAACGACGUGCAACGAAAGCCUUUAUGCGAGCCUACAUUCAAGUUCCCCAUCGAACAACUGAAAUAGAUGAUGCGGACACCAGAGGCCAAUAA